AUGAAACUUUUGUACCCCACCUCUCUCAAACUCGACAUCCAGAGCCUUAAAGGAUUCUCGGUCACUCUACAUCCUUACGAUGUCAAGGCACCCAUACCAGAGGAGCUCCUUGACGCUGAAAUUAUGGUGACCUGGACCAACAACUCGGAGAAUCUCACUGAUGCGGCAAAGCGUAUGAAAAAUCUUCGGUGGAUUCAAUCACUUGCGGCCGGCCCGAAUGACGUUCUCGCAGGCGGUUUCGAUACUUCUAGAGUUGUUAUCACUACUGGAUCUGGUCUACAUGAUAGAACGGUUGCCGAACACACUCUUGGCCUACUCCUUAAUGGCGCCCGAAGAUUCUAUGAAAUGCGUGACUAUCAAGCCCAGGGCAAAUGGCCUGGGCACCUUGGCGGCUCCUACCCACGCAGUGACUUCACCACCUUACGCGAUGCUCGCGUUCUUAUCUGGGGAUUCGGCAAUAUUGCAAAGAAAUUGACUCCGUAUCUGACUGCACUUGGUGCUCACGUACGCGGUGUGGCGCGCCAUGCUGGUGUACGCUCUGGCGUCGAGGUUUCGGCAGAAGACAAACUUCCAGAACUACUUCCAGAAACAGACGCACUCGUCAUGAUACUGCCGGGUUCAGAAUCAACAAGGGACGCGCUUAAUGCGGAGAGACUUAAACUGCUGCCCAAGCAUGCGUGGGUUGUAAACGUUGGUCGUGGACUAUCCAUUGAUGAGGACGCGCUAGUAGAUGCUUUAGAAAAUGGUGAAAUCGGCGGGGCUGCGUUAGAUGUCUUCAACAUCGAACCGCUGCCAGAGUCCAGUCGCCUGUGGAAAGCGCCGAAUCUUAUCAUCUCUCCCCAUGCUGCAGGAGGAAGACCGGAGGGUUGCACUGAUUUAAUAGCUGACAAUCUGCGGCGAUAUCUUGCCGAGCAGCCUCUCCGGAACAGGAUCUCCGAAUGA